AUGAAGACGAAUAAGACGAUGAUUUCGACGCACGUCAUAGAUGCUUUAGAUGAAUUCUACGGCGUGCGACGAGAAAGAAGAAGAACAACAACAACGGAUGAUAAUCAAAGAGGAGGAUUGAUCGAAGAAGAAGAUAUGAACGUGUUUGACGAAGACGUCGUCUGUUUGUCCUUCGAAAACAAUACUCACAUUAACGAGAAGAAGAAGAAGGAAGAUGGGAAGCAACUUAAUAAUAAUAAUAAUAACGGUAUUAUUGACGACGACGACGACGACGAUAAGAGAAAUACGAUGAUGAUGAGAGCUACUAAAACGAAUAAUGAUAAAACGACGCAAACAAUUAAAUCUUCCAAAACCGGUCUGUUCGAUGGCAUACACAACGGUAUCUUUUCAAUCGGGAGGGGCGUCUCUACGGGAGCAAAGUUUAUGGGAGAUACGGUCGUUUCCGGCGUCGCGGUGACGACGAAUGCGAGUUUAUAUUUAGGAAAAACGACCGUAAACAUUGGUAAAGACGCGGUGAUGCAUUCAUUUAACGCGAUAUCGUCGACGUUGAUUACAACAGCGACGACGACGAUGACGACGACGCCUUCAGAUGUGGACGAAGAGUUAAUCGAUGACAUGUCCAACGUCUUGUUAUCCGAAGCGCCGCCUCGUCCAAGAGGCCUUUCGAUUGAGACGAUACUUUUAGAUGCCACCACAAACACAAAACGAAUAGCAACAACAACAACAACAGCAACAACAUUAGCAUCGUCAUCCCUCGCGACGUGUAUGUGUUUAUGUGGCAACCGAAUAGAAAAGGCGAAAAUGGAGCAGAGAGUGUGUUCGUAUUUACGAGUCGUCGUAUGCGAAAGCUGCUUCGCCGGAGACACUCGAAUCAUACCGCGCGACGUCUUGCACCGAUGGGAUUUCACGGAGAAGCCGGUGUGCAAACAAUCUUUGCGGUUUUUAGAAGACGCGUACGCGAUACCGGUGAUUUCUUUGCGAAAACUUGGAGAAGUGAAUCGAUAUUAUUACUCGACGAGUAUUUCUUCCAAAGAAGAGUUUACUCGUUUGCGCGGCUUUCUGGAUUUGCAGAUAAAGGUCGCCUCUCUCUUCCACCGCGUGGGCGAAAAGUUAAGGCCGCACAACAUGGAAAAAGAUGACGAGGGGAAGAAGGAGGACGACAAUGACGACAAUGACGACACAGACGAUGACGAUGCUAGUAAGAACAAGAAGAGAAACCGUAAAGCGCUCUUACACUUUCUCGCGUCCAUACCGGACGACAAGCGAAGGCUCGUCAGAGGCGGAGACGACGCCAAAGUUUCCAUCAAAGAGCUCAAAGAGUUGCACGAAUUUCGCAAACAGAGCGAGAUUUGCGAGUAUUUGAGCGCGAUCGAAGACGAAGUCGUCAACGUGUUAGAGAGUUCUUUAUAA